AUGCCAGGAUCGGCUCAUAAUACUAUUGCAUCCCGCACGUCGGUCCGGCCAAAAGCCUGGAAGUGUCUGGGAGGUGCAAGUGGACGAAGAAAGCCUGGUAAGGUAGCGCCAGGAAAGACGGGGUUGCAGGAGUCAUGUAUGCUACCGAAACGGAAGAGGAGUAGGAUGACGAUCUGUACUUAUAACGCCCAGACACUUCCACCGGAUGCGGCCAUAGAAGAUCUGACAAUGAAAGCCAGGAAGUUUAAGACGUCAUCGGACUGA